AUGAGUCUUUGGCUUGAGAGAGAAGAGAAUAUAUCGUGUGGAUUAAAAAUGUUCCUUCUUCUGAGUUUUAUUAUUGGAGGUAUUACAGCAGAGGACUCACCAGUGAUGCAUUACUGUCUGAAAAACAGCUCAAUAUGUCUUCAUCCUCAAAAACCACCACCAUAUUUUAAUAGUCGGUGGGAAUUUGCUAAAAAAGUAAUUGCAUCUGGGACAUUGAUCAACCCCAACUACACAAACAAAGUGGAUUAUGAACCUAAGAACCUAACCUUGUGUGUGCGUGAGCUGACUGAGAGAGACAGUGGCAUCUAUAGAGUCUCAUUCGACGACUCUAACUUUAAUGUUUUCAGUAACUCUCACAGAGUCAUUGUUCAAGAAGCUGUUCCCACCCCUGUGAUCAGGAUGUCAGUGCAGCACUCCAACCUGUCGGCUUCACUCUGCAACGUCACAGUCAACUGCUCCAUCCAGGCAGACUGGGCGUGGUCUGUCUGUGAUGACGACGGCUGCAAAACUUAUAGGAGAUCAUUGAGCAAGGUCAACAUAUCCAUCUACACUGAGAAAAAAACUGUUGUCUGCAGUGGCAACAACCAUGUCAGCAUGAACAAUGUUUCUAAAAACAUAGAGGAAACAUGCCGUAAAUCUAACCCUGAACACAAAGAAGCAUCACCACCAACCAUCAAAAUCCUUGUCAUAAUAAUAGCUCAUCUAGGGUUUUUAGCCCUUGGUAUAUUUGUCUUUUUGGCCAUUAGGUGUUUUUCAACAAGAAAUAUUCACAAUCAGACACAGACAUCCAACGCAGAGUUGACACGAUGCCAGCCAGUGGAGACACAGCCACAAGGGUCUGUACCUAGACCCAGGGUCUCUACCUCUUCAAGUCAAGCUGAUAACACUUAUGAAAAUGUAGAUGCACUAUGUGACAGCCAGACUAGAAACCCAACCAUCCACCCGAAUGAGGAAUCGUGUGCCCAGCAAAGUCAGACAGUUGAUACGGUUUACAGCGUUUUACAGGCACCGACUGUGACAGAGCCUCAGGGCCAGAGUGACAGCAGUAAAGAUACGAAAGGACACAAGAAGACGCAAGAAGCUUUAGAGUCUGUUCGCCUGGAUGAAGCCGAGCAGAUCAGACAGAUUGACACAGUGUACAGUGUGUUGAAAAAGCCAAAAAGUCUGAAGUCACAACAUCAUCAACAGGCUGAAUAA